AUGGAGUUGCGGGAGGACAUUCUGCCAGAGGCUUCGCGUUCGGAGCGGAUGACUGGUCCAAGUGUGGGCGGCAGCACCUCUGGCCUGGUGCUCCUACUGCGCAAGCGGAUUCAGCACCGAUGGGACCGACCCUUUAUGGACGAAGCUUCCUUUGGGCUGCCCAGGGACUGGAAGCGGGAAGAUCGGAGUCUUGCUGCUGCUAUCAGGAAUCUGCCAGAUGAGGACGAGGUUGAAUUGCCCCGUGCAUUGAACAUCCGACGACUCAGCAGCAGAAGCCUCGAGGAGGUGGCAAGAGCUUCAGUCCUUGUCGUCGCCAUGCGCUAUCCCUGGUGCACGGCGUGUGAGGAAAAGGACAAGGCCUUUGUCAAGGUGAGCAAAGUAGCAGGUGCAAAGGGGGAGUUUGGUGACGUGGUGUUCGGUUCUCUUGACCUCCGGGAGGAGAAGGCAAUUGCGAGGUGGGUGUGGGAAGAUGGCUUGCACCAGUGUGCCAAAAGCAAGUGCCCCCUCCAUGUCUUCAAGCCAGACGAGCCAUUGAACGAGCCUUACACCUUUCAAGUGCAACUGCUCUACGAGAUGGAUGAGGCAGCCAUGAUGGGAGAUCCUAUGGCUGGUAUGCCAGGUCACACGCCGAAGGGCCAAACCAUAAAACCGAACUUCGACCGUUUUGAGAAGGAUUUGGCCUUGCUACUGCCCAAAGCUGUCUCAGAGCUGCGCCCAGAAGAAGUUCCAGAGUUUCGCCGGCGCUGGGACACGGCCGUCAUCGGAAGCGGGGUCAACGCCACCGCCUUCCGCCGAGCUGCCCGGGAAGUUCGGGGAACCGCGACCUUUGCGUUGGAGUCCAGCGCGCCUAGCCCACUUCAGAGUGCAUCCAUACCCAGAAUACAGCUGUGGAGGUCUGAGACUUUGGAGAUUGGCACUGGUCCGCAAGAGCCCGUGCCAUUUGAUGGGAGCCUUACACACUUGAACGCAAGCUACCUGGCACACUUCGCCCGCGUUCACGCUCAGCCACUGCUCCAGAAUUACACCUGGGACCUGAAGGAUGAAAUGGGAGCAAUUGGGAUGCCAGUGGGAGUCCUCUGGGUGAAUUUCUCCGACACGAAUCACACCAACGCCACCAACGCUGCCCUUGCGGCAUUCCGUAGUCUCUGCAGCAAGCGCCGAGGAACCAAUGCCUCGCGCCACAUCCUUUGCUGCGUCAUGGACGGUUCCUAUGCUUACUACCAGCGCGAGUACGGCAGUCACGAGCCCUAUCCCUUCCCUUUCUUCGGCGUGACCCGAAAACUCGGAUUUGGUGCUGGCGACCGUUUUGGCUAUCCCUUCAGGGAGCCGGUCAACCACACGGUGCUCGGCUUCUUCAGCAGCCCGAAGCGCGCCGUCAAGGACAUGUCCUCCUGGGUCGGUCGAGUAUUGGCAGGGCGCGUGCCACCCUCCCAUGAGUCCGGCCUUGUGACGAACAGCUCCAAGUGGCUCCGGGGCCAAGUUUUAGAAGUCGUCUGGAAAACUUACCAGCGCGAGAUCAAUGGAAGCACGGCCGAUGUGCUUCUGGAGCUGUACGAUGAUCAGCGGAAACGGCAACACAUCUCCACUGCAGUCAUGGAUGUGCUGGCCAAGACGCUGAAGGACUAUGCAGACAUCAAGGUUGCACGCAUGGAGGUCAGUCAAAACUAUGUGCCCGCCCUGUUCGGUCGAAAGCAGUUCUCCAAAGAGACGGAGUACUUUUGGGUACCUCCCAGCAUUGCUAGCGGAGAGUGGACGCCUGGCGUGCCCGUGAAAUACCCCGGCGAGGCUGAAGAGGCGACGGUCGCGAAGCUCCUGAAGUGGUUCAAAAAGCACACUAUGUCACGUUGGUCGCUGAAGGAGGCCCUGGAAGCUUCCUCGGACAUCUCUGAGGAGGUCAUGGGCUACGCAAAGCUCCAGCAACAAGCGGACGACCGCGCGGAGGAGGACAAGCAGCAGAUGAUUAAGAAGAUGAUGACGACGCUGAAGAAGGAGAAAGGCAUGGUGGACGUCGGGGAGAUGAUGGGCCUGAAGAAGGCAGCCGACGCCCUGGGAGAGGAGACUCCCCGCAAGAGCGGCAAGGGCGAGGCCAAGAAGAAAACCACUGGUGUACCUGCCGAAGAAGAUGAAGAGCAGAAGCGAGCAGCCAGAAGAGCCAAGCUUCAGAAGGAAGAGCAGAGGCAAAAGGAGAUCGCCAAGAAAGACCGGGAGAAGAGGAAGCGACGGCUGGAGAUGGAGAAGCAACGCCAGGAGAAGAAGAAGCUCGAGGAGCAGCAGCGGCGCGAAAAAGCGGCCAAGGAGGCCGAGGAGAAGCGUCGCAAGAAGGAAGCCGAGAGGCUGCGACAACCUGCCACGCCCCUGUUCACUUGGGGCCAGUCCAAGGAUCAGAUCCGCAUCUCGGUAGCUAUCCCGAAGAUGCAUUUGGACACGGUCAAUGUGAGCUUGGGCAUAGACCAGGUGGACGUCCGAGGUCACGACUGGCAGCGGCGGCCCUACAUCUUAAGCUUCGAGCUCCGAGAAUUUGUUGUCCCUGCAAACUCCUCGUGGGCGGUUCGCUACUCGGAGGAGGCCGACCCCCAACCAGAUGGAGUUCUCCUCACACUGCAAAAGCAAACUCCCCACCGCUGGGACCGCCUGGCGCAAAACCACACGGCCGUGAAAAGCUUCCUCAAGAAGGAUUGGGUCCAGGACGAUGGAGAACUUGAAGAAGAGCAGGAAGAGGUGGACCUACCCUCUGGACAGAACGUGAAGAAGGUCACAGUUGCCAAUUUAGACCGGCUGCUUCAGCAUCAUAGCCUGGUGGUGCUGGCUGCGCGUUUCCCUUGGUGUGACAAGUGCAAGGAGAAGGACCGUGAGUUCACAAAGGCCGCUCGCAUUAGCAGAGACAAGGAUCACUUGGACAUGGUGUCCUUCGCUGUCCUGGAUGCCAGGGAGGAGAAGCAUUUUGCAAGAGAUCAUAAUGUGUCCUGCACAGACAGCUGCGACCUUCUCCUCUUCAAGCAGGACGAGAGGGACGAGCCAUACAUGGUGCCAGGACGUCGCUUCGCUGAAGAGGUGCAGAUUGAUUGCUACAAGCACCUGUUGCCAGUGGUCAGUGAAGUGGCCAACAAGACACAUUUUGAUCGGGUGACCACUGCAUUCGACACUGCCAUUGUGGGGUUUUUCCACUUGACGAAGGGCGAGGACCCUUGGUAUCCUCGCUUUCGGGCGGUGGCCCGGCAGCUUCGUGGCCAUGCGCUCUUUGGGGCCGCCUUCAACGGACUCGUUCCGCAGGACAUGGGUAUCGACUGGGACCCUGAGUCCGUGCCGCUGCAAGAGGCUGGUGGGGACGCCCAACCAGCGAGGCCGUUGGUGCUGCUCUUCAAGCCAAAGGAGCAAAGGCACGUGGAGUUCACUGGCGAACUGACCUUGGAGAAGCUGGCCCACUUCUCCAAGGUGCUGAGCCUCCCACUGGUGUCACAGUACACACCCGAGGGCCGUCAGAAGUACCAGGAACUCAAGGUUCCGCUGGGCAUGCUGUGGCUGGAUGGCGAGGGUGAGGGUGAACCGACCAACCAAGCAGCCGAGGAGGUUCUAAGACGCCUGGCGCUGCGUUUCUCGGGCCAUCUGGUCUUCGUAACGCUGAACAACACACGCGAUGGGUUCCUGAUGCGACCUUUUGGCCUUGACCCCCGGCGGGUGCCUGCCUUUGGCAUAGCUGCAGCCGAGGAACCAGAUGCAGCACGGUUCGCGCUGGAUGAAGCGUUCAAGAGCUGGGAUGAGCUGACUGGUUUCUGGCGAGACACUGGCCGGGCGUUUGAUCGCAUCGAGCGAUUUUGCACUUCGUUCCUGGAGGGCACCCUCGAAGCCUCCCACGAGUCUGCGGAGCUGCCGCCGAGCUACAGCUGGACGGGGCCUGGGGUCGUGCACGAGGUUGUGUGGAAGACUUUCCGAGAGUCCGUCUAUCGCACGCAGAAUGAUGUUCUCCUGGAGCUCUAUUCGCCUUAUCGGCCACAACAUCGGACUCACCUGAUGGUCCUAGAGCUCGUGGCUGAAGCCUUGGCAAACUUGACCACGCUCAAGGUGGCCCGCAUGGACACUGCCAACAACUACGUGCUUCCAGAGUUUGGACUCAAGGACAAAGAGAAGGCCUCAACCUUCUUCUUCGUUACUGCCGCUCCCGAGAAGCACCGACGGCCGAGGCGCCUGGCCACGAAGCUGGGACGACCCGAGGAGCUCCCGGCACAGCUUCUGCGCUUCGUGCACCGAGAGACCCGAAGCCAAGAGUGGGACUUUGCGGAACGCUCGGCUUGGGUGCACCAGGAGGCCCAGCGGCGGAUCCGACGGCUCCGGGCCCUGGAGAAGGACUACGAGAAGAAGAUGCAGGACGAGUGGGUCCAGAAGGAGAUGGAGGAGUUUGAGCGCUACAAGCGCCUAGGAAAGUUCGACAACUUGAACAUCUGA